AUGUGAGUUUGUUUUUCUCGAUCAAAUGAUGUUUGCAAUUAGAAAUUAUGCGGCGACCAUGUGUGGCACAAUCUUGAGGAGCUUCCAGAUCCGAGCCAAGCAUCGAUUGUUGGCAACCUUUGACUUUGACAACACAAUAAUCGAUGGAGAUUGCUAUGAAGCAGUGGGAGGAUUUUUAAAACAACCGCAAGAAACGACAGAGAAAUUGCGAAAGUUGAUUGAAGAACGAAAUUGGAUGAAGUAUAUGCGAAUUGUGUUGAGCUUGUUGCAUCAACAGCAGGACGUAAGUAUCACAGAGAUUGUGCAGCGUGUGCGACAAUUGCCAGAGGUGCCGGGUAUGAUGUGCUUGCUGCGUCAAUUGGCCAAGGAUUCCUCCAUCGAUAUGUGCAUCUUGAGCGAUGCCAAUUCGUACUUAAUCACUGAAUGGCUAAAGGCAAAUCAAAUGACCAACAUCUUUACCGCCAUCUUCACAAAUCCAGCCAGAGUGUGUCUUGAUGGGUUUUUACAGGUAGAUCCCUACGAACAUCAAACACACUGCGAUCAAUGUCCUGAAAACCUUUGUAAAGGCAGCGUCAUCAAAUCCCUGAUGAAUUGUACCAAUUAUAAUUUCAAUAGGAUUAUCUAUGUCGGCGACAGUUGUAACGAUCUGUGUCCCAUUCAAAGUUUGCGCCAACAAGAUGUCGCAUGCAUCCGACGGGACGCAGAGUUGCAUGACAAGCUGCCAUCACAUAUCGAUAACAUACGCUCCCAGGUGUUAAUUUGGCGGGAUGGACACGAAUUGCAGCAUCAACUCGAGCUUAACGCUAUUUUGUAGAGUAUUUCAAAAUUGGUUGGUAAGGCAAAAUUAUUAAUGCUGCUGUUUUAUUCGACUUAUAAAUAUGUUUCUUUUUCUCAUUUCGUUUUUUGUAAUGCGUUAAUAUGUAUAUAU